AUGACGGUCCCCAAGGAGAUGCCCGAGAAGUGGGCCCGGGCCGGGGCGCCCCCCUCCUGGAGCCGAAAGAAGCCCUCUUGGGGGACAGAAGAAGAAAGGAGGGCGCGGGCCAAUGACCGAGAAUACAAUGAGAAAUUCCAGUAUGCGAGUAACUGCAUCAAGACCUCUAAGUACAAUAUUCUCACCUUCCUGCCUGUCAACCUCUUUGAGCAGUUCCAGGAAGUUGCCAAUACCUACUUCCUGUUCCUUCUCAUUCUGCAGCUGAUCCCACAGAUCUCCUCCCUGUCCUGGUUCACCACCAUUGUGCCUUUGGUUCUGGUCCUCACCAUCACAGCUGUUAAAGAUGCCACUGAUGACUAUUUCCGCCACAAGAGUGAUAACCAGGUGAAUAAUCGUCAGUCUCAGGUGCUGAUCAAUGGAAUCCUCCAGCAAGAGCAGUGGAUGAAUGUAUGUGUUGGUGAUAUUAUCAAGCUAGAAAAUAAUCAGUUUGUGGCGGCGGAUCUCCUCCUCCUUUCCAGCAGUGAGCCCCAUGGGCUGUGUUACAUAGAGACAGCAGAACUUGAUGGAGAGACCAACAUGAAAGUGCGUCAGGCGAUUCCAGUCACCUCAGAACUGGGAGACAUCAGUAAACUUGCCAAGUUUGAUGGUGAAGUGAUUUGCGAACCUCCCAACAACAAGCUGGACAAAUUUGGCGGAACCCUCUACUGGAAGGAGAACAAGUUCCCUCUGAGCAACCAGAACAUGCUGCUGCGGGGCUGUGUGCUGCGAAACACCGAGUGGUGCUUCGGGCUGGUCAUCUUUGCAGGUCCUGACACUAAGCUGAUGCAGAACAGCGGCAGGACAAAGUUUAAGAGAACAAGCAUUGAUCGCCUGAUGAAUACACUGGUGCUCUGGAUUUUUGGAUUCCUGGUCUGCAUGGGAGUGAUCCUGGCCAUUGGCAAUGCCAUCUGGGAGCAUGAGGUUGGGACACGCUUCCAGGUCUACCUGCCGUGGGAUGAGGCUGUAGACAGUGCCUUUUUCUCUGGCUUCCUUUCCUUCUGGUCCUACAUCAUCAUCCUCAACACCGUUGUGCCCAUAUCGCUCUAUGUCAGUGUUGAGGUCAUCCGCCUGGGCCACAGCUACUUCAUCAACUGGGACAAGAAGAUGUUCUGCAUGAAGAAACGGACGCCCGCGGAGGCCCGCACCACCACGCUGAAUGAGGAGCUGGGCCAGGUGGAGUACAUCUUCUCUGACAAGACGGGCACACUCACCCAGAACAUCAUGGUCUUCAACAAGUGCUCCAUCAAUGGCCGCAGCUACGGUGACGUGUUCGACGUCCUGGGACACAAAGCUGAAUUGGGAGAGAGGCCUGAACCCGUCAACUUCUCCUUCAAUCCUCUGGCUGACAAGAAGUUCUUAUUUUGGGACCCCACCCUCUUGGAGGCUGUCAAGAUAGGGGACCCCCACACGCAGGAGUUCUUCCGCCUCCUUUCCCUGUGUCAUACUGUCAUGUCUGAAGAAAAGAGUGAAGGGGAGCUGUACUACAAAGCCCAGUCCCCGGACGAGGGGGCCUUGGUCACCGCAGCCAGAAACUUCGGUUUUGUAUUCCGCUCACGUACCCCCAAAACUAUCACUGUCCACGAGAUGGGCACAGCCAUCACGUAUCAGCUGCUGGCCAUCCUGGACUUCAACAAUAUCCGCAAGCGGAUGUCAGUCAUCGUGCGGAAUCCGGAGGGGAAGAUCCGGCUCUACUGCAAAGGGGCUGACACCCUCCUACUGGACAGACUCCACCACUCCACCCGGGACCUGCUCCACACCACCACGGACCACCUGAACGAAUAUGCAGGGGAGGGGCUGAGGACCCUGGUACUGGCCUACAAGGACCUGGACGAAGAGUACUAUGAGGAGUGGGCUGAGAGACGACUCCAAGCCAGCCUGGCCCAGGACAGCCGGGAGGACCGGCUGGCCAGUGUCUAUGAGGAGGUUGAGAGCGACAUGAUGCUGUUGGGGGCAACGGCCAUUGAGGAUAAGCUUCAGCAAGGAGUCCCGGAGACCAUUGCCCUCCUGACACUCGCCAACAUCAAGAUUUGGGUGCUGACUGGAGACAAACAAGAGACGGCCGUGAACAUUGGCUAUUCCUGCAAGAUGCUGACAGACGACAUGACGGAGGUGUUCAUUGUCACUGGACACACCGUCCUGGAAGUGCGGGAGGAGCUCAGGAAAGCCCGGGAGAAGAUGACGGACUCGUCCCAGGCUGUAGGCAAUGGGCUCGCCUACCAAGAGAAACUUUCUUCUUCCAAGCUCACCUCUGUCCUGGAAGCCGUUGCUGGGGAGUACGCCUUGGUCAUCAAUGGGCACAGCCUGGCCCAUGCAUUAGAGGCAGACAUGGAGCUGGAGUUUCUGGAGACAGCCUGUGCCUGCAAAGCUGUCAUCUGCUGCCGGGUGACCCCUUUGCAGAAGGCACAAGUGGUGGAACUGGUUAAGAAGUACAAAAAGGCUGUGACACUUGCCAUUGGGGACGGAGCCAAUGAUGUCAGCAUGAUCAAAACCGCUCACAUUGGUGUGGGCAUCAGUGGGCAGGAAGGAAUCCAGGCUGUCCUAGCCUCAGAUUACUCCUUCUCCCAGUUCAAGUUCCUACAGCGCCUCCUGCUGGUGCAUGGACGCUGGUCCUACCUGCGCAUGUGCAAGUUCCUCUGCUAUUUCUUCUACAAGAACUUUGCUUUCACCAUGGUCCACUUUUGGUUUGGCUUCUUCUGCGGAUUCUCAGCCCAGACCGUCUAUGACCAGUAUUUCAUUACCCUUUAUAACAUUGUGUACACCUCCCUCCCAGUCCUGGCGAUGGGGGUCUUCGAUCAGGACGUCCCAGAGCAGCGGAGCAUGGAGUACCCAAAGCUCUAUGAGCCAGGCCAGCUGAACCUCCUCUUCAACAAGCGGGAGUUCUUCAUCUGCAUCGCCCAGGGCAUCUACACCUCCGUGCUCAUGUUCUUUAUCCCCUACGGGGUGUUUGCCGAGGCCACUCGGGAUGAUGGCACGCAGCUAGCAGACUACCAGUCCUUCGCAGUCACUGUGGCCACCUCACUGGUCAUUGUGGUCAGCGUGCAGAUUGGACUGGAUACAGGCUACUGGACGGCCAUCAACCACUUCUUCAUCUGGGGCAGCCUAGCUGUUUACUUUGCCAUCCUCUUUGCCAUGCACAGCGAUGGGCUUUUUGACAUGUUUCCCAACCAGUUCCGGUUUGUGGGUAAUGCCCAGAACACCCUGGCCCAGCCCACAGUGUGGCUGACCAUUGUGCUCACCACGGUCGUCUGCAUCAUGCCUGUGGUUGCCUUUAGAUUCCUCAAGCUGAACCUGAAGCCUGAUCUCUCUGACACGGUCCGUUACACGCAGCUGGUGAGGAAGAAGCAGAAGGCCCAGCACCGCUGUCUGCGGCGGGUGGGCCGCACAGGUUCCCGUCGCUCGGGCUAUGCCUUCUCCCACCAGGAGGGCUUCGGGGAGCUCAUUAUGUCUGGCAAAAACAUGCGGCUCAGCUCCCUUGCGCUCUCCAGCUUCACCACCCGCUCCAGCUCCAGCUGGAUUGAGAGCCUGCGUAGGAAAAAGAGUGACAGCACCAGCAGCCCUGGUGGUGGGGGGCCCGACAAGCCCCUCAAGGGGUGAAGGCUGGGAUUGGGACGCCCCGUGCUGAUGAUUGAUCAGAGCACGCAGGGCUGUCCAGCUGCUCAGAGGACAGCGUCUCUGAAGUGCAGGUCCUCUAGGGUUCCUUGCCUCUCCCAUCUCCCCUGGUAGACUCUGUCCUGCUGGGCCCACCGAGGGCCUGGGACCUCCCUCGCCGGGGCCCCUCCCACCAGCUGAGAAGGUCAAGGGGGCAGGCCCCAGGGCAGAGCAGGGGUUGGGGGCAUCAGGAACUGGCCCCAGUAGGGGAUCAGAUGUGGAACCAAAAACAAGAAAAAACUGUAGAGAUUGGGUCUGCCCCUGCCCUGGCCAGGAGCCCACAGGGAGACUAUAAUCUCUGUAUUUUUUUACUCCCACUUCCCAGAGGGGCCCCAGAGCCCCUGUUCCUGAAUUACACAAGAAUGUAUCAUGCCGGGAAGCCAGAGACCAGCUGGGGCCUUCGCGCCCCUUGCAUCAUGUAUGUCUCUCCUUGAUGUGUUUGUGUCCAGUUUGGUUUUGUCUUUUUUAUUGGCAAGUGGAGGAGUGCUCUCCGACUUUUAUGUUGUGGUUGGUGUCUUAACUCUCCUGGGGACGAGGAGGCAGGAACACAUGGGGGCCCCAGCCUGGAUGGAUGUGGAGGAGCCACAGCCCCCAGUUAGCCCUCCAGUGCCAGUGCUGUGGGGGAUGGGGACAAGCUGACCAGGGAGGGAAGUGCCUGUCAGCCUGAGGAUGUUGGGGGAGCCUAAGGGAGAGUUUGGGCCUGUCUCCUUACUCACCUUGAGAGUGAAGUGCUACCGGCUCUCCCAAUACACACGCAUCCAAUCCACUCCUGGAUCCCGGAAGUCCUGCUGGUAUUGGGCUGGAGCCUGGGAAGGUGGCCCUGUCAUUUGCAGUGACUUAGAGCUGGGUAUGAAAUUUAGUCCUAAAAAAAAGUUCUCUUUAAUUAUCAGUUUAGACCCAGACUCAUUAGCAGAGUCCCUUCUGACUUCCCUUCUUCCUCAUCUGACAUUUUCCUGCACCUGUACCCUAGGACCUGAGGUGGGCCUGAAAUGGGGAGCUGGCCUCCGCUUCUCCCUCCUGGUAAACACAAGGUCCCACCCCCUCAAGGCCCAGCGUACAGGGUGAGAGGAGGAGGAGGACAAAACUAGGCUCAGGCCCGGAGGCUGCCGCUCAGUGCCUGGCUCCGUCUGAACAGGACCGGCGAGCGCCUCGGCAUGCCUGACCCCCUCUCCAUCACACCCGGGAAGCUGUUCCCCAGUUGGGCAUUUCCCAAGUGAGUUGCUGCCAAGUCAGUCUUGGGAAGAAUCCUGUCUUGGGUAGCGGAGGGGGUGCUCAGGAAUGGUGUGGCGCUGGGUCAGGGCAAGAAGAUGAGUGUAGGGCCAGAAGGGAACUGAAGGGGGACUGUGGUGAGGUGGGGGUGGACAGGGAACAGGGGAGGGGAAAGCCUGACUGGGAACACAGCCUUCUGGCCACACAGUUUACAAACCCAUCGUCAUGUCUGUUCUUGUGUCU